AUGGAUGCUGCGGGAAGGGGCUGCCAUUUGCUGCCCCUGCCAGCGGCGCGCGGACCUGCUCGCUCUCCUGCAGUGGCGGCCGCCGCCCGCGCCGUCAGCCGGCCGGGCCUCCGCAGCGCCGCCGCCUCGGCUCCCUGCGCGGCCGCCGGAGCGGUCGCCAUGAACCCCAGCUCCUCGGCGGGAGAGGAGAAGGGGGCGACGGGCGGCGGCAGCAGCAGCGGAAGCGGCGCCGGGAGCUGCUGCCUGGGCGCCGAGGGCGGCGCGGACCCGCGGGGCGCGGGGGCAGCGGCGGCGGUGGGGGCCGCUGCCCUGGAAGAGCCCGCGGCCGCCGGCCCGAAGGAGAAGGACGAGGCGCUGGAGGAGAAGCUGAGGAACUUAACUUUCCGGAAGCAGGUCUCUUACAGGAAAGCAAUCUCCCGGGCAGGCCUGCAGCACCUGGCUCCUGCACAUCCCCUCAGCCUUCCUGUGGCAAAUGGUCCAGCGAAGGAGCCCAGAGCGACUCUGGACUGGAGUGAGAAUGCCGUGAACGGAGAGCACCUGUGGCUGGAGACCAACGUCUCAGGAGACCUGUGUUACCUGGGAGAGGAGAACUGCCAAGUCAGAUUUGCAAAAUCGGCCCUGAGGAGGAAGUGUGCGGUCUGUAAAAUCGUCGUCCACACCGCCUGCAUUGAACAGCUAGAAAAGAUUAAUUUCAGAUGUAAGCCAACAUUUCGAGAAGGGGGCUCAAGAUCGCCAAGAGAAAACUUUGUGCGUCAUCACUGGGUACACAGGCGUCGACAGGAGGGAAAAUGUAAGCAGUGUGGUAAGGGCUUCCAGCAAAAAUUCUCCUUCCACAGUAAAGAGAUUGUGGCUAUCAGCUGUUCCUGGUGCAAGCAGGCGUUUCACAAUAAAGUGACCUGCUUCAUGCUGCAUCACAUUGAGGAACCCUGCUCCCUGGGGGCUCAUGCUGCUGUUAUUGUCCCGCCCACCUGGAUCAUUAAGGUGAAGAAACCUCAGAACUCGUUGAAGGCUUCAAACCGGAAGAAGAAGAGGACAAGCUUUAAAAGAAAAGCCAGUAAAAGAGGGACUGAACAGGAAAACAAAGGUCGUCCUUUUGUGAUAAAACCUAUCUCUUCUCCUCUCAUGAAACCCUUGCUUGUGUUUGUGAACCCCAAGAGUGGAGGCAACCAGGGAACCAAAGUCCUGCAGAUGUUCAUGUGGUACCUGAAUCCACGGCAGGUGUUUGAUCUUUCUCAGGAAGGGCCCAAAGAUGCGCUUGAGUUGUAUAGGAAAGUACCAAAUCUGCGAAUUCUGGCCUGUGGUGGGGAUGGAACGGUGGGCUGGAUCCUUUCUAUUCUGGAUGAACUGCAGCUGAGCCCUCAGCCUCCCGUCGGGGUCCUUCCUCUGGGGACUGGGAACGAUCUGGCUCGAACUCUCAACUGGGGAGGGGGCUACACUGAUGAACCCGUCUCUAAGAUCCUUUGCCAAGUGGAAGAUGGGACAAUUGUACAGCUAGAUCGCUGGAACCUCCAUGUGGAAAGAAACCCAGACUUGCCUCCAGAAGAACUUGAAGAUGGCGUCUGUAAGCUUCCUCUGAAUGUUUUCAAUAAUUACUUCAGCCUUGGAUUUGAUGCCCACGUCACACUGGAGUUCCAUGAAUCCAGAGAAGCAAAUCCUGAGAAAUUCAACAGUCGUUUUCGAAAUAAAAUGUUCUAUGCAGGAGCGGCUUUUUCUGAUUUCCUACAGAGAAGUUCUAGAGAUCUAUCCAAACAUGUUAAAGUUGUUUGUGAUGGAACAGAUCUCACUCCAAAGAUUCAGGAACUGAAGUUCCAGUGUAUAGUAUUUUUAAAUAUACCCAGAUAUUGUGCUGGCACAAUGCCCUGGGGGAACCCAGGAGAUCACCAUGAUUUUGAACCUCAGCGUCAUGAUGAUGGUUAUAUUGAAGUCAUUGGAUUCACUAUGGCAUCUUUGGCUGCACUGCAAGUUGGGGGCCACGGGGAAAGGCUACACCAGUGUCGGGAAGUCAUGUUGCUCACUUACAAAUCCAUCCCCAUGCAAGUGGAUGGGGAGCCCUGUAGGUUGGCCCCAGCUAUGAUUCGGAUCUCCUUGAGGAAUCAAGCCAACAUGGUACAGAAGAGCAAGAGGAGAACAUCCAUGCCUUUACUCAAUGAUCCGCAGUCUGUCCCAGACCGCCUGAGGAUCCGGGUGAACAAAAUCAGUUUACAGGACUAUGAAGGAUUCCACUAUGACAAAGAGAAACUUCGGGAAGCUUCAGAAAGUUGGUGGAUGAGUACUAUUGCUGGUAAGAAUUUGUUUAGUUUUGGGGCACCUGGGUGGCUUACAAUCCCUCUGGGUAUUCUAGUUGUGCGCGGAGACUGUGAUUUGGAGACUUGCCGUAUGUACAUAGACCGCCUACAGGAGGACCUGCAGUCAGUUUCUUCUGGCUACCAGAGAGUUCAUUACCAGGACCACGAAACCUCCUUCCCCAGGGCGCUCUCAGCUCAGAGACUCUCCCCACGGUGGUGCUUUCUAGAUGACAGAUCUCAGGAACAUUUGCACUUUGUGAUGGAGAUUUCCCAAGACGAGAUUUUUAUUCUGGAUCCAGACAUGGUGUUGUCACAGCAGGCGGGGACACCUCCAGGAAUGCCUGACCUGGUGGUGGAGCAAGCCUCAGGAAUGUCCGACUGGUGGAAUCCCGCCCUACGGAAGCGCAUGCUGAGCGACAGCGGGCUGGGAACGAUAACCCCACAUUAUGAGGACUCGGAUUUGAGAGAUCUCAGCCACUCCCGUGUGCUACAGUCACCAGUUUCUUCAGAAGAUCACGCAAUUUUGCAGGCAGUAAUAGCUGGUGAUCUUAUGAAGCUAAUGGAAAGCUAUAAAAAUGGAGGCAGUCUGCUAAUUCAGGGGCCGGACCACUGCUCCCUCCUCCACCACGCAGCCAAAACCGGCCACGGGGAGAUCGUGAAGUAUAUCCUGGACCACGGACCUCCCGAGUUAUUGGAUAUGGCAGACAGCGAAACGGGUGAGACCGCCCUGCACAAGGCUGCCUGCCAGCGGAACCGGGCCGUGUGCCAGCUUCUGGUGGAUGCGGGGGCAUCUCUGAGAAAGACGGACUCCAAGGGGAAGACACCUCAAGACAGAGCACAGCAGGCUGGAGACCCAGAUUUGGCUGCGUACCUAGAAAGCCGCCAGAACUAUAAGAUCAUUGGCCAUGAGGACCUGGAAACUGCUGUUUGA